AUGGACACUUACUUAAUUAAGAAGAUGGUUAAGUGUAUUAGCAGGAUGCACGUGAUUGUGCACGUGAAUGCUAUGUGGACUGGGUGGGGGCACGAUGCGAAAUUCGACCAAUCGCUGCAGGGUCCAAAGCCCUGUAGCUUGUCUCUCAUCAGCCCUCCGCACCUUACGCACAGAAAAUUUAUCGUCUCCUCCAACUCUGACAAUCCUCAAAUCACGCCAAUUGUCGAGGACAUUGACCGCCGUCGCCGUCGUCUUCAGGAAUUCGAGGUCAUUGGGCGCCAUCUGCCCACCGAGGCGAACCCUACUCCGGACAUGUACCGGAUGACGAUCUUUGCUCCUAAUGAAACUGUCGCCAAGUCCCGCUUCUGGUACUUUCUUCGCGGUCUACGAAAGGUCAAGAAGGCCACCGGCGAAAUCGUCAGCGUCAAGACUCUACACGAGAAGCACCCCCAAAAGGUCAAGAACUUCGGCGUUUGGCUCCGUUAUGACUCGCGCUCCGGCACUCAUAACAUGUACAAGGAGUAUCGUGAAAUGUCACGUGUUGAAGCCGUCGAGGCCUUGUACGCCGAUAUGGCCGCCCGUCAUCGUGCCCGCUUUAGGUCGAUCCACAUCCUCCGCGUUAUUGAGCUUGAGAAGACAGACGAUAUCAAGCGCCCAUACAUCAAGCAGCUUGUUACGAAGAACCUGACAUUUCCCCUACCCCACCGUGUCACCAAAACGGCUACCACAAAGCUGUUCAGCGCGCAGCGACCAUCCACUUUCGCUUAG